CGGCUCUCCUCCUGCUCUCAUGUUGUCCCGCAGACUCUCUACGCUUCGUGUUCCGUUCGCAAGGCAGGCGUCGUCCCAGGCAACGCUUCGCCAAGUACUGGAGGAGGUCGUCCCCGUCAAGCAAGAGAGACUGAAGAAGCUGAAAGCAGAACAUGGUCAAGCUGUCCUGGGCGAUGUCAAGGUAGAGAACCUCAUCGGGGGCAUGCGAGGCCUCAAGUCCAUACUCUGGGAAGCCUCCGUCCUCGACCCUAACGAGGGUAUACGCUUCCACGGCAGGACAAUACCCGAGUGCCAGAAGGUACUCCCGCCAGCCCCAGGUGGAAAGGAGAUGACUGCCGAGAGUAUGCUGUGGCUCCUGAUGACCGGUCAAGUCCCUACUCCGGAGCAAUCGCGCGACCUAUCCCGCGAACUCGCGGAGAAGGGCGAGCUGCCGACCACUAUUACGCGUCUCAUCGACUCGCUACCACCUACCCUUCACCCCAUGACCCAGCUUGGCAUCGGCGUCGCCGCCCUCAACCAUGAUUCCGCCUUCCAGUCCGCCUAUGAGCGCGGCAUCAAGAAGACUGAGUACUGGCACUAUGCCCUCGAGGACGCCCUCACCCUCAUCGCCCGCCUGCCUGCCCUCGCUGCGCGUAUAUAUCACAACAUCUACCACCCAGGCACGGCGCUUCCACCGCUCAAUAAGGACAUGGAUCUUGUUGGGAACUACACCCAGAUGCUAGGCUUCGGGGACAACAAGGACUUGACGGAGUACCUGAGGCUGUAUAUCGCCUUACAUGGGGACCAUGAGGGAGGCAAUGCGUCAGCGCACACGUCGCACCUCGUUGGCUCAACACUCUCCGACCCCUUCCUUUCCUACUCCGCUGCGCUGUUCGCUCUCGCCGGUCCACUCCAUGGUCUCGCAAACCAGGAGGUCCUUCGCUGGCAGCUGGCGAUGCAGAAGGAGCUCGGCAGUGGGCAUGAGGUCUCGCACGAGGACAUCAAGGCCUACCUCUGGAAGACGCUGAAGAGUGGGCAAGUUGUGCCAGGGUAUGGCCACGGUGUGCUACGCGCACCGGAUCCCCGCUUCGUUGCACUCCAAGAAUUCUGCGACGCCAGGCCGGACCUGCUCAAGAGUCCGACCAUCUCGCUCGUUAAGAAGACGUAUGAGGUCGCGCCGGAUGUCUUGAAGGAGCAUGGCAAGACGAAGAACCCCUACCCGAACGUCGACGCCACGUCUGGCUGCGUGCUCUACCACUAUGGGCUGAAGGAGUUCAAGUACUACACCGUCAUCUUCGGCGUGUCGCGCGCCCUUGGCUGCCUGACGCAGAUCGUGUGGGCGCGCGCCCUCGGGCUGCCCAUCGAGCGGCCGAAGUCGCUUUCCAUGGAUGCGGUCGAGUCUCUGAUCGGCAAGUAGGGACGAGGGGGCGUUAAGCGCAAGAGCUUUAAGCAUCGGGCGUCGCAUUCUAGAAGAUCCUUUGGGAACAAACGUGUAAAGUAAUGACCAUUGUAUACUACGCAAUGCAAGAAAUGUGCAGAACUUCCAAGUGUCCGUGA